CCCCCGGCCCGGGCAGGGUGAGGAGGAACCGGAACCGCCACGGCCGCCGCCCGCCCCGAGCCCAGCGCAGUCCCGAGUCCGGCCGAGCCUGGCGGCGCUGGGACCGCGGCUGGGUUUCGGAGCAGCCCGGGGAAGAGGUCGUCCCCACUGCCGCGAGCGGGGCUGCCGUCGCCAGCAAAACUGGGAGGGCCGCUGGGCUCCGCGCCGGCCGCCUCCGGAGCUGCCGGGUGUGGGCGCAGCCCGGAGGUGUCUGGAGCUGUGGGUGCCGGAGUAGCCGAGGCAGCCGCCGACGGAGGAGCCGGAGAGCGGAGGCUGCGUGACGGUAUUGAUGCGGCAGGAUGACAGUGAAACUGGGAGAGAGCAGCGGGGAGGAAGGGGUGAAAAAGCUGGGCAAGAGAGCAGGAGGAGAUGAGGAGUCCCUGGAAGAAGAAGGGGCAGGAGGAGGAGGAGAGGCAGCUCCAGGCAGCAGCAGCACAAAGAAAGAAGAGAAGAUCGUUAACAGCAACACUGCCAGCAGCCCCCCACCGAACCCCAGCUUGUCAGCGGCCCCUGCCUCUCUCCAGCCCUCCCAGAGCCAGGACCAGCAUCAUUUUCUCAGGUCCAGUGUCAGACCUCAGAGCAAGAGACUGAAGAAGGAUUCUCAGGCAUCCUCCUCGGUAGGCAGCAGCACUGCUGGGAAAGGCAAAGCAGCAGAUAAUGGAGGGGCUGCACCUGGUGGCACAUCAGGAAUUCCUCCCAGCAAUCCUGCUGGGAAUUCCAAGUCAGCGGCAAGGAACCUGGGUUCUUCGGCAGGAGAGAAGGAAGAAGGGAAGAAGGUCCGACGGCAGUGGGAGUCAUGGAGCACAGAGGACAAGAAUACUUUCUUUGAGGGACUGUAUGAGCAUGGGAAGGAUUUUGAAGCUAUCCAGAACAACAUUGCCCUGAAAUACAAGAAGAAAGGCAAACCAGCAAGCAUGGUGAAGAACAAGGAGCAGGUCCGGCACUUCUACUACCGUACCUGGCACAAGAUCUCCAAGUACAUUGACUUUGACAAUGUGUUUUCUCAGGGGCUGAAAAAAUCUUCCCUGGAGCUGUAUGGCUUAAUCUGCUAUGGGGAACUAAGGAAAAAGAUCGGGGGAUGUAUGGAUGACAAGAACGCAGCUAAACUCAAUGAGCUCAUUCAAGCCGGGGCUACAACUGUUCGUUACAAAGGCAGAAACCUGCGUAUCAAAGCUCCCAUGUGCAGGGCUUUGAAGAAACUCUGUGAUCCAGAUGGUGUGAGUGAUGAAGAGGACCAAAAGCCAGUACGACUUCCCCUCAAGGUCCCUGUGGAGUUGCAGCCACGGAAUAAUCAUGCAUGGGCUCGAGUACAGAGUCUUGCCCAGAACCCACGGCUUAGGAUGAUCGUGGAGUUACAUCGGAAGGUCUCCAGCCUCCUUGAAUUCCUCAAGCAGAAGUGGGCUCUACAUGAAGUGCGGGUUCGUAAAACACUUGAAGAACAGCAACUUAGAGACUCCAGAGACUCAGAAACAAGAGGCAGCUUCUCAGAGGAGAAAGUGAUGCUCCAUCUCUUUCCAGGGGAGAACUGUACCAUCACUCCACUGCCUGGGGUAGCCAGAGUGGUCCACUCUAAGGCCUUCUGUACCGUGCAUUGGCAGGAAACAGGCAAAUGCAAACAGAACACAAAAGACUCUCACUUACUCCCCCCUGCCCAAAUUCUUGGCAUACAGAGUGGUCAGGGGACAGCGAGGGGACAGCUGAAAUACCUGCGGGGGAUGGAAGGUAAGGGUGUGGGAAGGGGAGAGAGCACUGCAGAGCCCAGCAGAACCUUGCAGCCUACAGCUGAAGUUUCUGCAAGCACUGAAGAUGGUGCCCCAGAGCCUGUCCUGGUGGAAGGAAUAGCCUCAAAUCUCGGCAUCACUAAUUCCCUCCAGAAACCGCUUUCUGGACUUCAGGAUCCAGGAGGGCACCAGGAAAAGCUGAGCUCAGUGGCCCCCGGCAUGGAGGGCAGGGAGGCCCUGGCUAGUGACCAAGCAGGUGUGCUACCCUCGUGCAGCACAGAGUGUGCUUGCAGCAAGAUCCCUGAUGUGGAGGAGCUCUCUCUGCUCGAUCCAUUCCCACGGUACAUGAAGUCCUGCCAGGACCUAAUUGUCCCAGAGAAAUGUUCCUGCACAGACAAACUGCAUGGGAAAGAGACUGCUUCAGCAGCUGGUAAUGCUUCUCCAGUGGCUUUUCCAAGCAGGAGGAGUGCAGAGACCUCUGACUCUUGUUCCCAGCUACUGAGAGGUGGUGUGGCUUCCCCUGGCAGCAGCAGAUGUGAAACUCAGGCCAGCCACAGCCAGGGCCAGCAGCUUGAUACUUGUACCAAGGAUAUCACAGAUGCAGUAAUGGAGGAUUCUCAAGAGAAGCUGGGCUCCUCAUUUCCACCUCCACCUCAGGGACAAUCCAGUACAAAGUCUCUCAAGGAUGACCCUAGUCGGCUCUCCCAACAAGUUAGAGAAGAAGGAUGGAGUCUGCGAACCUCUGAGAGCCUUACACUGGCUGAAGUCUACCUCAUGAUGGGCAAACCGAACAAGCUGCAGCUGGAAUAUGACUGGUUGGCUGUCUUGGAACCAGAAACCCAGCAUGCUAGAGGGCAGACAUCUGAGUCAAGUGCUGUCCCUGCAUGUCCUGCCUUUCAGAAGCAGAGACUCUUGAAUUGCCUUCUGAGACUCAUCUCUACUGAAGUCAAUCCCAAACCAACACCUGAGAUGAGCUCCAUUGCCACAUCACCUAUAAAGCCUGCUCAGGAGGAGCAGGCCCUGACUCCCCCAGGAAAGGUAAUUGCCAUCAACACCAGGAGUCCUGGCUGCACACGGAAUCAGUCUGCCCUUCGCAACAAGACUUCUUCUCCUGGUGCUGCUUCCAGCUCCUCAGGUUUGAGAAACCUCCCUAGACCUCUCUUGGUGGCUAGUCCUUCAAGUUCUGGGAGCACUGAGGCUGACAGUGGACUGUUUGCAGUCCCUACAACCCUGCCCCCCAACAGCCGCCAUGGGAAACUGUUCCUACCCAGCAAGGAAGCAGAGCUGACCUUCCGGCAGCACCUGGACACCAUCAGUAUGCAGUCGGACUUCUUCCUUCCGAAGCCCAGGAAGUUACGGAACAGGCACUUGCGGAAGCCACUGGUAGUACAGAGAACACUGCUCCCUAGACCGUCUGGAAAUCCAUCCCAGCAUGUCUGUUCCUUUUCUAUCUUAUCCAACUCAUCCAUUACAGGGAGAGGUUCAUUUCGGCCAGUCCAGUCCUCACUGACUAAAGCUGCUGUUUCUCGUCCAAUUGUGCCCAAAGUUCUUCCAACACAGGCCACCAACCAUCUGUCUAGUGCUAUUGACUUGGCAGCUAAAAGUGCUGGCAUUAUCCCUGGUAGUCCCAUGCCUGUCCUGGAUGCAGAUGGUUUGCCAGGUGUGUCUCCAUUGUCACCGGAUGCAGUGCCCUCAGUAGUGACAGGGCAGGAGCCAGCAGUAGCACAUCAGAAUGGAGGCUCCAUCACCACUGCGGAGGGCUCAGGCCCAGGGUGCCGGGUGCCAUACAUCAGCCUGCCAACCCGGCCCGAGCAGGAUAGCUUCCAGAGUACAUCAGUCCUUUCUAUGCCAGAACUGGCCAAGACUUCUCUCCAGAAUGGUCUGCCUACCCUUCCACUUCCCUCAUCAGAAGCUUCCAGUACUCGGCUCUCGCCUCCCAAUGUUUCUGCUCUCUUGGAUAUUUCCCUGCCUGGACCACCUGAAGAUGUGCUUUCCCAAGGCGAACCUGCCACUCAGAUCAGUGAUUCCAUCAUUGAAAUAGCCAUUAGCUCUGGCCAAUACAGUGAAGGUGUUUCUCUCUCUCCUGCAAAGCUGAAUGGCAGUGACAGCUCCAAAAGUCUUCCGUCCCCAUCCAGUAGUCCUCAGCAGAACUGGAUUGCAUCUCCCACCCAUGAUCCCCAGUGGUACCCCAAUGACUCCACAGACUCCUCCCUCAGCAGCUUGUUCUCAAGUUUCAUCUCCCCAGAGAAGGGACGAAAAAUGUUACCAACUCCAUCUGGGAACACCAGUGGCACCUCCUUACUGGGACCCAGCCUGCUGGAUGGAAACUCACGGGACUCCUUUGUGUCUCGGUCCCUCGCAGAUGUGGCAGAGGUGGUGGAUUCCCAGCUGGCUUGCAUGAUGAAUGAGAACAGCAUAGAUUACAUAUCUCGGUUUAAUGACCUUGCCCAGGAACUGUCAAUACCUGAGCCCACUCGCAGGGAGAUCCUGUUUGAUGGAGGAGGUGGUGGUCCCCCCACUGGGGAUCUGUCACAGUAAGGGAAUGACCAGCAGGCUGGUGCAGACUGUUCAGCUAAGUUGGAGCUUGCAGAGCUGGAACUUGAUGAGGGACCAGCUGAGUCUGAGUUAUCCCUGUCUUGUGUGCUUCUUUCUAACAGAGAAGCAUUUGUUUCAAAGGUCUCAAGAAAUACUUGCAAGUCCUGGAAUGUGCAAUAUGCUAUCAACGAUAGAACAUGGAAUAACAUUACAGAAGAUAGUGUGUCCCUGCAUCAGCGAUGUAAGAUUGCAGGUUUGUGGGACAGUCCUGAACUUGUACUUUGGAAUAGCCUAAGCAAGCAGCUCAAGUAGGGAUGGGAUUGCUACAAGUUCCUGUUUAUGAAUUAUUGUUUGCUUAGUGAUCAAAAUGCCACGCCUUCUGAGCCCUGUGAAAGUUGUGGAGGAUGAAGGGUAGGUGUGGGUAGGGGAACCAUUGUAUAUCUUGACACAUCCUAGUUGGCAGCCUUCUUACCAUUCAGUCAAACUGAAGUUCUUGCACUCUGUUCAGGGUACUUCCACUCCUUGAUGCUGUGUCCUUACAGACCACUCUGUUCCUUUGGCUCUUUGAGCAUUUCAGUAGGGCUCACAUCUGCUUGCUUGUUUGGUAGGGAAGCUCUGAUCUGCCCUCCUCCCAUGUUGCUUGGAUCCCCUACUUUUAAACCCCAUCACAUCACAAUCAUCAUCAUCACCCCAACUGCACUCAUAUUCUUAACCUUUGAGAUUCUUCAGCUCAUGGCACAGUUAACCCUGUGAGUGGGAGAGUGCUUCAUUGCUCUCCCUGAAGAACAGUUGCUUUUUAGGUCUGGAAACAUGGCAAAAGAGCUUACACUAGGAAAACUCUGUCAUAAUUAGUCUUGGCUUUGCUGGAGACAUGUAAAUAUUGUCAUCUUCACAGAAACUGAAGAUUUACCUGGGAGAGGAAAUAGGAAAGAAUAUUGUAAUGUGUAGGAACAAAUACUAGGUUAAUGCUAAAGCAGUUGAGAUCGGUUUUCUGUUAUGAAGAGAAGUGUCAAGUCCUAGCUUAAUCCCUUACUCCUUCCCAACUUCCUCUUUCUUCUGUGAACUCUGGGUGCUUGUAGUACCUCACCAGCAUUCUUCAUUACAGUCACUCCCAGGCAUGAGUGGGUCUGGCAAUCCCUCUUUCAAAUCCCUGUGCAUUAAAUGUUGUGUUUUACUGUAGGAAAAACCCUGAUACUGAUUCCAGUGGGUUCAACAGCAUAGCAAGUUAAUAGUUAAUCCAUAGUUAAUUUAUGGGGAGCUGGUUGUCCGUCAAUUCUGGCUUUGUAACUCAGGAGGCCUCUCCUCUCCCUGCUCCUAUAUAGACCUCAACUUUGUAUUAAUAAUGAAUAAACAAACCUUCUCCAUCCCAUAGGCUGUUAUUGCGGGUUCAUUUCCCAACUUGCACUAUACUUGGUGGAUGUAGUUCUGCUUGCCUUUAGCUACUCGUAGGAGGCAUUUCUUUGACUGGGAGUCUGUUGUAACUUGCUCACAAUGCAGUGACUCUGCUUUGGGCAGAUGAUUUUUAGCUUCUCAGAGUUGGCCUCAUGUUUUCUGUCAUUAGGAGAAAAUUGAACAAGUUUUCUGAUGCACACAGAGCCUAGUUUGAGAAUUCAGAUAGAAUUGUCAGGAAAUCACAUUAACCUGGAAUAGGAAAAGUUGAAGGCUGUCACGGAAAUGAAUGCUGGGGCCUGUUUUGUUCUGAGCAUUCCCCCCCUGGUAUAGAGAAGACACCUAUUACUCUCAAGAGUCAUGCCCACUAAAACUUUUCAGUUUUACUUAUAAUUUAGCUGUGUUUUGGUUUGGACUUUCUCAGAUUGUUCCCUCUUGGUUUUGGGUUCCUCCAUUACUAAUGCUGAUUAUUCUAUAUGCUGUGUCUCCAGAAAUCCUUCAGAUUUUCAGGACAAAAGUAGAAGGCACCUACUAUGGCUGUGGAUUACAGGACGUGCAGGAGGAAAUGUGUUACAUUCUAAUCAAGUACUGUCUAAAAAGAAACCUGAACUCUCAUUCUUAAACUUCUAAAUAUUGCAAGAGUAAUGUGAGGGUCUCCAGUGUAUUUGUAACUUGACAAACUUUUCAUCUUCCCUACUGAUGCUGGUAACACAGUGGAUAUGACACUGGGUUUGGCUCUGAAGUUGCCUAGAAUAAAGCCCAGUGUUGCUGUACCUGCUGCAGGAGUGGAGAGCAGAGCAGAUCAUCCUGAUCCGUGAAGGCUUUUUGCCUGCGAUACAAGGAGCUGUCAGCUGCCUUGCCUCAGCCUACCCAGGGGGAAGGACCCAACUGCAGCAUGAAGGCAAAACAAGUGGCUAUUUUUGAUGAUGCCGUGACAUCAGAAAACUUCUAAUACCCUGAAUCUCUACAAGUGGGCUUGAACCACCCAGUAAUAACAGAGUAUAAAUUACAGAAAUCAGUUCAGCACUCAGAAUGCUGGGUUAGAAGUGUUUGCCGUCAGCCCCUUAAAAGUUGGCAUUAUGAAGCAGAGUUUGAUUUCAGAAAUGUAAUGCGUUGCAAACUGCUUUUUAAGAAUAAAGUCCUUUGAGGAAAAGGGAAGAACUUAAGAAUAAUUAAGAUCAUUGUGGUAAUUCUGAAUUGAUGCAGUAUUUGUUACCCUUACUAUAUGAAAGGCCAUUUAAACACAUUUCUGAUCAGACCAGCUCUAGGUGAACAUACUUUACAAUAGUGGUCAUCAUCAGUUUGUGCCUGAGACUGCUAAGAAGGUGGUGUAUACACACACACACGCGCACACACCCACACACACACACACACAUGUGCAUGUGUGUGCACUGAUGGUGCAGGGGGUGGUAAUACUCAAAACUUCUUCAAUUUUAAUUAUUUCAGCUUCCCCAACAACAGUAACAAAAUCUGUAUGAGGGACAAUAUCAGGCUAAGCAGAUAUCCAAGCAAGUGACACUGAAGUGCACACAGUAUCAUUUCUGAGGUAGAAGUGACUUAAUUAGGUUAGUACUUUUGUGGGGCACUAUGAGGAGUUG